AUGUUCUACAACAUCAGUGUCUUCGCCUUAAUAAUGUUUAUUAUUUCGGCGACAUCGACGCAACUCCGGCAAGAAGGUGGUGGUAGCGAGGCAAGUGAUGAAGGUGGCGCUGGAAGCCGUUCGGAAUCUGCAGUUUGGUGCUUAGAAGCAGGGAACUGUACAUGUCUUUUUGAAAAGUCUCAUGUGACAGUGAUUUGUACCUCAGCAGGCGAUAGACUUGAUGAUAUUACAUCCAAACUUCCAAAAACGACAACGCACCUGUAAGUAAUGAAGACUUUGAAUUAUUUCUUGUAUUUUUCAUCUGCAUAUUUCAGGCCUCGUAAAUUAUUUGGAAUUAAAAAAAUAUAACUAGCAAUAAUCAAAGAUUAGUAGAUUGCGUUCGAUCUCUUGUAAAAUAUUUUCUUAUUUUACUUAUUGCGCUGAAAAUAAUCGGUGUCUUCAGCUCAAGGUAGCCAAGAAAACAUUUGCACAUGAGAUCGAGGCUAUCUGUGCCACAUAGCUAGCCAGCCAGUCGAAAAUGGCGCCCAAUGCCUGAAAUCGCAUGGCAUCACGAUCGAUCCUCUUAGGACUGGUCCAUGAAACCCUCGAGAGUGAUUUCCGUAAAAACGACACGAUUAGUGUGCGUUCUCCUUCGUCCAACGCAGCAAUGGAAAUAAAAGCAUGUAGGUGUGUAGGGCGUGCAGUUUGCCUACUCGCUGAGGAAUCUCUGCCAAGACAUCCUUUCCAUUUUCUGAUUUAUAUAUCCUUGGUGUUCUCAUUUCAACAGAAUCCUGAGGAAUAAUGAAAUAUCCAGCCUGUUACCUCUGAUAGCUCUCAAGGGCAAUAAAGACCUUCAAGUGCUGUAAGUAAGGCCACUAAUCGCUUUAGAAUUUACCACAAGACCCGGCAGCAAGUUUUCAAGCUGGGAAACACCAGCUUGUAAGGUAAUCCGUGUGCUAACUUGGGGUGGAGGGGGGUACGAACCUCUAGACAUUUUCAGUGCUGUAAAGCAAAAUAUAAGUUGAUAGACAUUUGUUAUACAAUUGCUAAAUUAACUUUACUACAAUUAAAUUUCCUCCAUUAUCGUACUCCUCAUAACAACCUUUAGGCUGUAGGGAUUUUAACUUUUCUCCACUUUCAGUUAUACAUAGUCCAAGCGGUACAUAGUCCAAGCGGUACGUCGAGUUGCAUACAAAAUAAAAAAAACGAUAUUACCCACUGAAAAAUAAAACCGGUUUAGUUUCUGUCUGAGUAAGCAAAACUGGCCUCAAUAUACAAUUGUCCACAACAUGGUUUAAAGCCUCCUUGAGGUUACAAGUUGGUUCGUACCAACGUUCAUUUCUUACCCAGUCGUUUCGCACUCAUACUAAUAAAGUGUGUUUUCUUUGUUACGUAUUUUUAAGGUAAAGUCAGUUUCUAUUUUUAAUAGCAACAUUUCGUGCGUUAACUAAUUUUUGUUAACGUGGCGUCCACUUUUGAUACGCGACCACUAACGGGAGAAAAAUCCUACUUACACUAUUUGUCAUUCUUAAGAAAGUCACAAGUAUUAACAAUAGACCAUUCUAUUAAAGAUUUCACAAUUAGCUUUCCCCAGGCAACAAUUUGUUUGUUUUUGUUAAGAGGGUAAUGAGUAUACACAACAGAAAUUUGUUUUACCUUGCUCGCCUGACUCUACUAACUUGUCGUGUGCAACAAUCGACAUCUGUUCACGCGCUCACACGUGAAUUACUUCGAAUGAAUGUCUAUUGGGACGGGUACGAAUCGACCAGCGGUUUUGGUAUGAACCGACUCAAACGGAUACGAAUCAAUUGAAUUUGGGUACGAAACUAUUGGGUACGAAAUGACCGUGGAAACAAAACGACUGGAUACCAUUCCUAAGGUAGUAGAAAAGAAGAGAGCUAGCAAAAAGCAGAUCGAAAUGUUCAGAAAAGUAUUUAGACACGGACUUUAUUAGAGGUGUGUGGUACUGUUCGACUGUAUUAAAAACAAUGAGAAAAAAAAAACCCUAUUACCAGUUAAGUUGGGGUCUCAUAGCAAACGAAUUCGAAUGUUCUUUCUAAAUAGAAAAUCAGUUCUUCCUUGUUGCCUACUGUAGACAAAUUUACUCGACGCAGACUCUUGUGCUCAACUCCGAUCAUUCCAUGUUGUAUCUAUUCAUCCUCGAAAAUAAAGGUCCCGCUCUCUUUUUGAGUAUAUAAGUGGUGGAGACUCUUAAUGCUUCAUUUUCAUAUUUCUUUCAUUAAGAUGAAACUGAUAUGUUAGAUAAUGUAUUCCGGUGGGGUAUUGUGCCUGGUUAAUUAACCACAACUACUGAUACCUUUCAUAUUCAUUUUCUCAACUCAAGUCUAUGACUUCACGACACUAAAACAAUGCCUUUUCUCAAUUUAGGGAUCUUCGAGACAAUCUUAUCACUACACCAGGCAGUAUUCAGUUGGAACUUGUCCUUGGGCGGCUAUCGAGAGUGUAAGUUUGAUUUAAUUACAUGCUUUGUCAGGAGGUUAUUCAGGUAAUUCCCGUGAUAAGGGCGUACUUUCCAGAUUUGUUUCAAACUUGACGAAGUUGAUGGCCCCUUUGGGUCACUGGAAAAUAUAGAAUCUAAGUCACUCAUUGAGAUGAAUGAGGACGACAAACCCUUGACUGUUUCAGCUCGUUUUAAUGAAUGCAUGUCGGCUCGUUGCCCUAUUUCUGCGUUAUUAUGAUUAAAGAAGAGGAAAAUUUCAAGAAAUUUUAAGUAAUGAAUUAUUCAAUUAAUAUUAUCAUCUUGACAUGCUUGAAUGACGUAUUAAUUGUAGGAAGUUAUUUGUUAGGAGCCCAUAGAAAGUAAUGUGUUGUAAGUGAUGUAUAGUGCUGUAAAUAAAGCUAAAUUUAUUUUAGAAAAUUACAUAUCCAUGCAUGCUUUUGUAGUAAAUAAAAUACAGAAAAAGGGACAUUUUGGUGGUUCAAAGAGAAACGGCCUUUCAUUUACAUGAUAUAAGAGACCCAUUGUAUACAAAUACCAAGAGGGGAGGAUUUUGGUUGUUUCACGAUAACAUUUUCGUCAUCCCCCUAUAUGGCGCAGUAAUAUUCUUACAAUCUCCCCUCCUGGGAUGACAGUCAAUCGGCAGUCAGUUUUAUAUGUUCCCUCUUUUAUACUCUGUUGGCAACGAAUGAUACCCCCUCCGUUCCCCUGAAAGCUAUGUGAUCCCCCCCCCCCUUCCCCUUUAAAAAAAUCCUAUGAAUAAUGACUGGUCCCUUUGUUGAGAAUAAUACUCUCUUCACAGAUUAUUGGACAAUAACCCUCUAGAGUGUGACUGUGGCAUAACUCCUUCCCUUUGGAAAGCUGAGGUGACUGGUACUUGUGCACAUCCCGCUCAUCUAAGAGGAGUUGAAGUCAGCACACUUCACGCUGAAGAUUUCAAAUGCAGUAAGUGGAAUUUUCAUAAUAACAAAUUCUACAAUUGACGUAAUUGAUGAAAGAUGUAAAAUGAAAAUUAAAUGAUAAGAGCUCCCACCUGAAAUGUUGUUCACCCUGCGAUGUGUCCCACUUGUGGUUGAAAUUAUUUUACGCCAUUAUUUGCGAAUUUCAUUAGAGGCGAAAAAAUACCACAAAUGCGUCGAUAAAUUUUUCGUCAACUUUUUUGAGUUUUUCAGACCGAGAUGCAAUUUAGAUAUUCAAUUUUCAGAGCUUCAUUCAUAAUAUUCACAGAUUUUGUUCGUCUCACGAAAACAAUUAUUAAGCACGAACACGUAGUGUGGACUGCCUGUGGUUUGACCAGUCCUACGGUUGACUACUAGAUGGGAAGAACUAGUGAAAUAGUCAUCCUGAGCGGAUUUAUGGUUAGUUGUCACUUAGCUUCUCUUCUUUUAAAUAGUCUCACUAAUUUAAUUUUAUUUUGAUCUCAGCUGAAAGUUGCGCAAGACUUUUCACUCUUGGAAGACGCUUAACAGGUUUUUACAAUAUACAAAAAUCUGAUAUUGCUCCACUGCCCACAAACCAGAGCUACAUUCGGGUAUGGUGUGAAAUGGACGGACCCAAUGGUGGAUGGAUCCUGCUUCAAGACCGUGCCAAUGCCACCUUUAACUUUUAUAGAAAUUGGGUUUCUUACGAAAACGGUUUUGGCAAACCUGGCAUUGGGUACUGGCUUGGAAAUAUAUACAUGCAUUCUAUAACGUUAAAAAGAAAACAUUUAUUAAGAAUUGAACUCCCGGGCUAUUAUGAUGAGCUUCAGUCUGAGUUUGACAAUUUUCACGUGUUUGGUCCCUCCACUGGCUAUGUUCUUCAAGUCGGAAAUUAUCGAGGAGGUUUAGGCAACAUCCUCAAUUACGCCAACAACUCUGCGUUUUCCACUUGGGAUCGCGAUAAUGACAAAGCAGAAGGGUCAUGUGCAAAACUAAAUUUGGGAGCUUGGUGGUAUAGAAAAGAUUGCUAUUAUUUUGACAUAAACAGCAUGCUGGACUACUUUAGGAUCAAAAUGAUAGCUAAGGAAGUUUUUGAAGGUAAUGGUCUUUAAUUUACAGCUUUGAAAAGAAAUUCCUUUUCAUGAAACCGUAAAGGUUAAAGACAAUACCGAAAGAGCUUCGUACCUUUGCAAGCACUAAUUUAUCGAAAAUAACGGCGGAUAUGGUUCUUUAACUCAAAGAAAACGAGAACCUAUAAAAUUUUGGACACGUCUCCUUCUUUUAUCAGCUUAGCUAUAACAGCUUGACUUAAUGUUAGCUUGUUCGUCUUUGGUCGUAAGUCGCGGUAUUUCUCCUAUAAAGAAAUAUUUGAAUUUUCGCCUUUUUUUCAUUUGGAAUUUGAAAAUGAAUUUCAAAUUUGUUUUGUUUUCGUUCUUGGCAUUGAAGUUGACAAUCGUUAUUUUUUCGGAAAUGCUAAAAAGCAGCCGUCUAAGAAGCUCUUGGUAAAGACUUAUCACGCUGGUUUCGUACCGAACACGAACAAUCUUACGAAUCAGUGAAAAAUAUCGAACAGCCAUUACACGAAUUGUUCACACACGGAAUACCAAAAGCAUAUACGAAUCUGCAUUCCUUAGUUGAAAUCUGUUAUCGUUACUGGCUGUUACUUCAGGGUGUACGUGUGUCAGUCCAAUGCCAUAUCCUAAAAACGAAAAACCAAUUUGAAAUCCGUUUUCCAAUUUGUUUAAGGAAACCGUUUUCAAUUACAAUUUACGCGCCAUUAAAGUAAAUUGAAACUAACGGAAAUGACAACUGAGAUUGAUUUUGUUGACAUCUCUCUCUUAAGAAGAAGUAUUGCCGUCAUGAUAAGGACCAACUUUGCAAAUAACCACACAAUUUCGCGGGAAAUUUGCGUUCUGUUCUUGGGUUAAUUGUACUCUACUUUGUGCAGCUGAGACAACAACUAACCACCCACUACCGGCACUAAGAAAAGAAAAACACAUUGGUAAUAGAAUGUUUACUUCAACUUAACAAAUGACAUCCUAUCUCCGCAUGUCCUAGAUAGCUGUGCGUCAGAAAAAGUCCUUGGUAGAAUUGAAUGUGGAUGGCCAACUAUCACAAAGCAGCAGUGCUUGGCACGUCAAUGUUGCUAUGACAACAAUAUACGUGACCACAACGCAUUUGAUGGCAGGGUAAAGUGCUUUGUUAAGCCUCAUCUAGGUGGGUAAUUGAAGUCGACGACACAUUUCAUCUAAUGCAGCAAUGGAAACACUUUGUGCUGUGGUUUUUUUUCGAAUAUUUUCACAUGCCAGUUCUUCAGAAACGCCUUUAGGUGAAAUGUUGUAAGUUAGCUACACUGUUUGCUGUUUACUCGACUAUAUGAUCGUGUUAGUUGAGAUUAGCAAUAUUUUGACGAGCAAGAAGAUCAAAGAAACUUUACAAACCACUAUUCAUAGAACCAGAAUUACCGGUAAUAGAAUAUACCCUGGUUGGAAGAGUAAAGGAAUGUGGUUGCUAUUUUUUGUAAAACGACAUUCUAAUACAGAAUAUCGCUUUACGCUGUGUGGUUCUCCUCAUUAUUAAUUAAGAGCCAUUCAAUUGGUGAUUCUUGGUAAAUGAAUGGGGCUGGAGUAUAUGUGUAUAUUUGAAGAUGUUUUGAUAUCCUUUCUCUCCUAUAAGUGUUUUAUGAACGAAUCGGCUGCUUCUUUGUUGAAAGUAAACGGCUAUUGGAGCAGCAAGACCCUCCGUUAGAAAUUGCCAAAGCAUGUAGCUUUGAAGCGUCUUCACGUGGUUUGAAAUAUUUUGCUGUGCGUAAAGGCAUCGAAUGUCUUGGUGACAAGAAUUUGCCCUCUGUGUUACCUCAAUUGAAAGCUUUGAAUGGGUGUCUUGGAGGCCGAGGAGGACAAAACGUGUCUGAUGUUUAUCGCCUUACAAGUAAGGCUGCCUUUGUCAUUUGAAUGAUUUCUUUUUCUAUUGUAAUCAACUAUCCGUUCUGACGUUUUUUACGAAAUCAACUAUCUUGCUCAACCAGCUAUAAAGUAAAUCAUCCGUCCCGUCCAUCCAUCAUCCAUCCACCCCCCUACCACUGAACUUUUUGUUUGGCAUGCUCAAUAUCUUUUACAUUCCCAUUCUUUUGUUUUUUGCUUUAAAGUGACAUUGAAAAGAUAUAUGUGAAACAUUGAGAAGGGAUCAUUGCUCUACAGAUAACAAGAGACUAUAGCUUUAUAUCCAACAACAUUAAAUUUUGCCCAACCGUAUUGACAGAGAUAUUUCUUCUACGAUGCCAAAAGGCUAUCUAUAAAGUAGAAAGAGUAUUCGAUUAUUACAGCAGCUUGCUUUUUGCUUGCUUCAGUAUUUGUUUCCAGGCCAACUGGACUCAAAACAAAUAACGUUACACUUACAAGUAUCCGCGUGGAGUGGAAUCCAGUGCCAGAACGCUUUAUCCUCGGCUAUAGAAUUUUCGUGCCAAACAUCUCUUUCAAUGAAACUCUUCCUUGGAACAAGACCUCUGUGAAUGUAGCAGGUCUCCGUAGCAAUACUAAGUACAUCAUAAAGGUAUUACCAGUUCAUGGCUUAACAGAUGAGGAGCAUCCUACAGGAAAUGCCGCAAGCAUCGUCGUAAGCACCGAGCGAGAACCAGGUAAAACAUUUCUAAGGGUUUCCAAUUCCCCCAAUUGGCCAAAAUGUUCACGUAAAGCAAAGGUUACUGAUAUAACUACUCUAUCGUUUGACCAUGCCUAAAGUUUUUAAUAUUCCUUGAAGUUAUUGAUAUAUUUUUAGAGAAGGAGGUGAAUAGUUUUAAAUAACGUGACUCCCCAAGGACUUUGUGUUUUUGCGCUAGCACAAGAUAUUUUUUCAUCGCUGAAGCCUUUUUGUCUCUGCAAAUUUUGAAAUUUUCAUAAAGUUAUAAGAACUAUGACUGAACCGUGAGAAGACAUUUUCUGCCUAGUCCUUUCUCUAAUCUUUAAGGUUGUCAUGAGGCCACCAAGCUCCAAAAACGACCUCUUAACAUCCUUGAUUAAUGAUGGUAAUAGGACGGAGUGGAGUCUUAUUCAGUUUGUAUUCAUACGAGUGAUUAACAAAAUCGGACCACCGCGAAGUGAAUGUCUCAUUUGUCAAUCACGAGUAUGAUUACAGACCGAAUUGGACGAAACGAAGUCCUGUGACUAAUUAAUCAAAACUACGACAAAAUUUGAGAAGGAACUAGACAUCGGUUAUACAUUUUCAUAAAAAAACGCAAUGGUUAACUUGGCGAAAUGCGAGGCAACAGCGCGCGCACAUGACGCGUUCUGUUCACUUACACAGGUAUGAUGUAUUAACUGCCCAUUUAACUGUCCUAUUCCACCGUCCAAUUACAAGCAUGAUGCGUUAACCGUCCCAUAAGUGCUCAAAUCGGGCUGGUGAUAAGCAAUGCAAUCACGAUCGAGAAGUUUUUUAUAGUUUUCAUCAAAGGAUGUGUAAGGUUUCUCUUCACUAAUAAAAAAAAGGCGUGUUUAAGAGUUAUGAGUAUAUUUGUAAGAGAGGUGAGUAUCGCCAUGAACGAGAAAGUUUUACUGAAUCUACUACUCUCAUUUCAGUUCCACUUCGAGCUCCUGACUUCGUCUUUGCAGAAAGCUUAAACUCUACAAGUCUGGUUGUAAAAUGGAGUCACCUGCUUAAGGAACAUUUUCGAGGACGACCAAUUGGUUACCAUAUCACUUUUUUCCCAGCUAAUUUAGAGAGUGAUUUCAGUUCUGUUAAAGUGAACCUCACGUCGAAUAGCACCGUACUUUCAAACCUGUCUGCUUACACUAUGUACGUUAUCAAUGUAUCUGCAGUGAGUCCUGGAGGACUUGGACCUGCAAACACGGCAAAGGCCCGAACAAACGCGGCAGGUAGCUUUUUAAAAUCGAAUCUAUAGAAUUUCCUCAGUAUAGCUCAAAUAAUUUGUCUGGCAAAUGCAAUAACCAAAGAAGAACCCCUUCCGUACCGAAAAAGAAAAUAAUGAGGCUGAGGGAAACCUAUAAUUUUAUUGACACUUUAUGUCUCCAGUUGCCGCCUUUAAAGAGUUUUGCUCUCCUUUACUACUGUUAUUAGUAUUCCCAGAAAAGUAUACUGGAAUAGAGACACUCACCACCCUGUCUGUAAAUUUUGGCUGCGAUAAAACUUGAGAGGCUGACUGCCUUUGUCUUUCAGCUCCACUGCAAGGUCCAGAAGUAGUAGUCGCUCGUAAUUCAAGUUCCACGAGUAUAGUGGUGAGAUGGAGUCAUCUACCAGAGAAUAUUUUUCGCGGACAGCCCAUUGGUUGCAGUAUCGCGUAUCAUCCAGUUAAUUUAGAAAGUAACUUUAGCGUUUUGAGUGUAAACUACCCGACAAAUACAACAACACUGACCAACCUCACUGUGUAUACCACGUACGUCAUUAAUGUGUCAGCGGUAAGCUCUGGAGGAAUAGGGCCUGCCAGCACAGCAAAGGCUCGAACAGAUGCAGAAGGUGAGAUCUCUUUAAAAUACCCAAAGCUGUUAAAACAGCAUUAAAAACCGAUAAAAUUUUCACUUGGAUGGUAGAAAUAGACUACUUUCUUGAUCAAAAUACAAACUCACGAAGGCACGUACUUCUUAGUUAUCAGUCUGGGAAUUUACUAUGUACAUGUACUGUUACUGUGAACUGUUGCUAACUUCCAAGUGGCUAAAUGAGUGCUUUACAAGUUCGUUGAGAAACAUGAGUUGGGGCUUUGUUGGGUUGCGUCGUCAUUCUAGGUUAGAGCGAAGGUGCAGUGUUUGAGUUAGCAAAAUGUGCAAAAGUUGACUCAAGUCCUGAACUCGGUACUUUACAGAUUCAGGAGCCCAUUACUUAUGGGCUCCUGAUAAAUCAUAAUUUAACUAGAGAUUUUUCUACGAGAUAACCUAGCUUCAUGCGUCCAUUUGAGUGCAUUUUCGUCACCUAACUAGAUUUAUCCUCGAAGAUCUUUGGCGUUAUGUGAAAACAACUCAGAAACAAACAUUUCUGGUUAAUAGGUGUCCCAAUAAUCCCUGUAAUUAAGGGUGUCUAGGUUAAAUCGUUUCACGAAGGUAGUGAUAAUCUUUCCAAUCUUUUAAUUUUUCUUUUAGCUCCAUCCCGAAGUCCUGACGUAGUAAGCGCUCACAAAUCAGGUUCUAAAAGUUUUCGAAUAAAAUGGGCUCACGUGCCAGAAACACAUUUUCGAGGACAACCAAUGGGUUACAUUAUCAGCUAUUGCCCACUUUAUUCAGAGAAUGAUGUCAAUCAAGUGAGGGUGAUCUACCCGACGAAUACCACGGCACUGACCAACCUGACUGUUUACACCAUGUAUGUCAUUAAUGUGUCAGCUUUAAGCUCUGGCGGAAUAGGACCUGCAAACACAGUAAAGGCCCGAACAGGCGCAAAAGGUACAUGACAGUUUCUUUCUUUCUUCAAAAUGGCUUCAUCAACUAAAAAGGCCUUUACCGUGAACCUAGGGAAAAAAGACCGAGUCUGUCUUUUUCGUUACUAACAAUAAACGAGUAGGGAGCAAAGCUGAACCACCAUCCAGAGUUAGGCCGAUCUGGAAAACAAAAUUGGAAAAGAUGGGUAUCCUUUGGUCACCUUUGUAUCAUUUUGGCCUGUUGCGACAAAAAAGGGAGAAUUGGAGAACAUUUUUGAUACUUGUGUCCCAAACCUUUUGUUCAUAGGCAAAUAAUCGAAGAAUAUUUUUCACGGGGAAGUUAAGAAUACUACACUUAACGGGAGUGGCACUUUUAAGUUUGGGUCAUAUGUAUCAAAAGUAGUCGUAAUGUUCUCUGCAUCUUAAAUCCACUCACGAGGCUAUAGCGACUUUUGUAUAGGCGAUCACCUCUGCAAUCUUCAGUUACUCAUUUCUUUCAGCUCCUCUACGAGCUCCAGAUCUGGUAACCGCCUUCAACUCUAGUUCUACGAGCCUAGUGGUCAAAUGGAGUCAUUUGCUAGACGGAGAUUUUCAAGGAAAACCAAUCGGUUACAAUAUCACUUACUAUGCAGCUGAAACCGAGGGUGAUAACAAUGUUGUGAAUGUGAACUACACGACAAAUAUCACAGCCUUGUCCAACUUGACUGUUUAUACCAUGUAUGUGAUAAAUGUGUCAGCGGUGAGCUCUGGAGGAACAGGACCUGCAAACUCUGUGAAAGCCCGAACAGGCGCAAAAGGUACACAUGUCUUGAAAUUGCUUCAUCUGUAUAAUAGUCCUCCUGUAAGCAAGAAAGACGGAGCAAGACAGACAAGAGUUUCCUAAUUAUCCUAAUAUGCCAAAGCAUGCAUGCAUCCUCGUUUUUUUACGGGAAUACAGGACUUUCAAAUGUUUUGAAACUUUUUUGACAGUCAAAGGGUUAGGAGUGAGCUUUGUAAAAUAAUUAUGGUCGUGAUUAUGGGCUGAAAACAUUGCCGUCCCUCGAAAUAUUGACGAAGAUGAUCACUAGAUAUGUUAAAUCAACCAACCCAAGUCGCUCGUUGAUUUAGGAAAAUGUCGGUUCUAAAAUUUUUCAGCCGAAAAUUUAUAUGAAAUAUAAUUCCAGUGACGGAGCAUCGGCUAGUUCGUCUUAUUAUGGUUGUUUUCACCACUUGUCAACCUCCCCUCACUAAAUUUUUACACAAAUUGUGGAUUUCGGUGCAUGGAAGCAGAGUUUUUGCAUGAUAAGGAAUCACAUUACCCCCUGUAACUGGCAUCGGUGUUUAGAUUUGAAUUUCUCAAGAGACCUCUAGGGGAAUAGGACCUGCAAAUGCAAUUAAGGCCCGAACAGGCGCAGAAGGUAAGAUGGUUUAUAAAUAAGAACUUUCCAGAAAGAGAACAAAGAGAAAAGAUGCAAGAAUUAAACGCUUGGAUUACAUCCGCGUCAUACCAGAGAUGAUAGUUAUAUGUAUGAUUGCAUCUCCCGUUGUGCUGACAGGCACUUAAACCUUUGAAGGAAAUUACUCUGAGCCAACAUUUUUGUAACCUAACCCAAAACUCCUCGUAGAGCUCGUAACUUGGACAACAGUUUAACAAUCAAGGGGUAACCCUGAGAUUCUUGGUCGGUGCUUUGUGUUGUUUCAACUAUUAAUUUGGCAGAACACAUGACUCUGCAAUUUUAAAAAGAUCUCAGAUAACCCGUUUCAGAAAGAAAAAAAAUGUAUCCAAUAGAUUGCUAAUCAGUAUCUUUAAGGGAAAAAAAUUUGGUAGCAGUAGUGUUACUUCUAUUUUCCAGUUCCCUUUGUUGCACCUAGUCAAGUUAUGGUGACCGCGCAGAGUUCCACAAGUUUGUAUGUUUCCUGGACCGCUGUUCCUGAAGAACAUCGCCACGGAAAGAUCCACAUGCACAAGAUUUAUAUCAGCCUGGCUACUCAGCCAAGCAAAUAUAUCAAUUCAUAUUUUGCGUUCAAUCCAGUCGAGUACAACAUUAGUGACCUUCGUGUUUACACCUUGUACGUCAUUCGUCUUUCGGCGGUGAAUGAGGCAGGGGAGGGACCGAAAAGUAGAGCUGUUACAGCAAGAACUCUGGAGGGCGGUGAGUUUAUUGAUAUCGUUCGGAAAGAAAGAAAUUUUCGUAGAUCUAUUAGUUAUUUGGUAAUACCCAUGUGCAUUGUUUCCAUUUCUGUAGUACCCAGUGCUCCCCCGAUGAAUUUAAGUUUGGUUCAUAGCGACUCUUGGUCCAUCGUUGUGGAAUGGAAACCAGUCCCUGUGGGAUAUGAGAAUGGUAUAAUUAAAGGAUACAGGCUGGUUUACAGGGUGAAUGAUUCCGAAAACACUGUGUCCAUGACUGAUGACUCAAUGUAUUCUGAGAAUAUUGCUGUUCUUCAUGGGUUGGAAUUUGACACAUUAUACUCAAUCCGAGUGGCUGCUUUCACAAAUGCUGGUUCUGGAAAUUUCUCGGAGCCAAUCGAAGUCAGAACAAAAAUGUGUAAGUAAAACUCCAUCACUUCCUUUGGCAAGACCAACACAUGAUCUUAAAUUUCAAAAGUGUGGCUGUUUUUCUGUCAACUCAUAUAGCAUGCUGAGUGGUGAUAAAAAGCGGAAGGGUUGGGUGGCUUGCUCGUAGGACAGACGAAGCUAACUCCCCUCUGUUUAUUUAUUCAUUGAUUGACUUUUUUAUUUUAUCCUGUAUAUUCAUCCUUUUGUUUUAUCCUGUAUAUUCAUCGUUUUGUUUUAUCCAGCAUCCUUAUCUUCAACAUUCUUUGAUUUUGUAGUUGACCCAUGUGACGAAUUUUUUUGCUUGAAUGGAGGGACAUGUAUACUGACGCCUGAAUCCUACUUGAAUGCAAGCAAACCUUGCCUAUGCCACCAAAAGUUUUUCGGAAGAUUGUGUGAUACUUAUGUUGCUGGUGAGAACGAAGAAACAACUUUCCAAUUUUAAACUUGGCAUUGUCGAGAGUAUUGUCGCAAGAAUCCUUAGAUUUUUCAAUCUUUGUUCCUCAGUGCCUUCAUGUCGAAGUCCGACCGUAGAGCUGCCUAGCCUGUCAUCAAAUGUAACCUCGCCACUGACUGUACGUCGAGCCAAUCAGUUUGUAAUUUCUUCAAAAGUCAGUCUUGAUUGUGAGCUUUUGUAUGAGACAAUAUUUAACUGGGAAGUGUACGAUCUGCAUUCACAAUCCCGUGAACAUCCCUUUCUUUCAAGAUACGGUGGUACCUCAGAGUUUCUCAUAAAACGAGGCAAGCUACCGGUGGGUAUAUACUUGGUGCGACUGACUGUUAAAAUGGCGGGAACGCAAGUAUUUGGCCUCAGCGAGGGCUACAUCCGGGUCAUUGAAAAUCCAUUAGUUGCGCAUAUCUCCGGAGGAACGAAGGUAGAAAGAGGAUUCAAUAAAACCUUGGUGUUCAAUGCUUCCUUGUCACGUGACCCUGAUUCCUUCAAUCCUCCUUACGGUGAGAUGACUACUUUGCUCUGAUCACGAAGUAAGACUGUAUAUAUUUGCUUUCCUUAAUUGACUGUGGUGGCCAUCUUUUCCAUUCUAAAAUUCACGCUGAUAGUUGACUGUACCUUCUUAGCUGAGAGCAAAGAUGCUUCAAUAGAAGAUUCGAAAUCCGCCACCAGGCGCACCUAUCCUCGCCUCUUUUUGUUAACUUUCCUCUCAGUUUCAUUUCCUUUUUUCUUUUUUACUGUCCCUGAUGUUAACGUUUCUAGUCUGAUCUUAUCCUUUCUCGUAAAAUGGAAUUAAAGAAGAAAAUAGGUGAAAUGGCCGUUCGGCAAGAGUAUCAUAGGGCUGGGAGGGGGGGGGGGGGGGAAUCUCUGGCAACAGACACCAUGUAAAUGGGACCUUGACCUAAACCAGUCUGCGCUGCCUUCUUUUUUUAGGUCUUCAUUUUACCUGGAUAUGCAGAAAUUCUUCACAGAAGUUUUCUGACGAUCUACUUGAAAUACCCGUGGCCCUGCCAAGACCUUCAGCAGCCAAUCUCGACCGUGGAGGAUGUUUCGGGACUGGAGCAGGAAAUAUAGGCGGCAACCAUUCCAUUUUUAAGAUCGACAGUGGCUAUAUGACAGAGAACAGUUCGUAUUUCAUAACAGUUGUGGUCGAGAAGCAUCCGAGAAGAGCGUAUUUCACACAGGAAGUGGUUAUUUCUCCUGGUGAUCCUCCGGUAGUCGAGAUAAGGUACGGUCAUAGAAUACAUAAAAACAGGAGUAACAGAUAACAUAGAUAAUUCAAGGAGGCCCUGCGCCCACGAUAAAGAUUUUUUUUAUAACUUUGGAGCUAGAUAAACAUUAAUUUACUUAUUGGAAUUCACCAUUAAGAGACGGGAGGCACCUAAGUCGGUAGGUGCAUUAAGUUUAAAUCAUUAGUAUCUCAACAUUGAUUUAAUGUUGUCAUAGUAACCAUAUUUGGCAAAAACCAUCACAACUUUUUGCAAAAUAAUUUGGCACAUUUUCUACAGCAUGUGCGAGUAAUUCUGAUAAAGCAUUAACUUGGGUUACGGAGGGCUUUCCUUUCCCGGUGAAGAGUCCAUUUUAUCCGGCGCGAAUGAAGACUUGAAUUCACUGCAAAGACAAAAAACGUCGAAAUCACAGACCGUGUGUGAAAGACCGGAGCUCGUAAGAAAACGAUAACAGAAUUACAGAGAAAAUGUUUGGAUGGUAUUUCUUUAUCUAGUGUCCUUUUAUUGCGCGUUAUUAAUUUGUUUUGUUCUGUAUCCUAGAUGUGAAGAUAAUUGUGACUUAAAAAUGAAUCCCUCUCGUCGUUUAGCGCUUGAACGACUUUGCGAGGAGCUUGACUGCAGAAGGGGCCUUUCUUAUCAAUGGACUCUUUUUGAGGCCGAUGUGGCGAACGAGUCCAAAUGGAUUCGAGUCAGUGAUUUACAAGAAAAAAUUCGUACACGAUUGACCUCGCCGAGAGUCGUUUUAAACCCUGGAGUACUGAAAUCCAAUAUGAUUUAUAAAUUCGUGUUAACUGCUCAACGGCGCGGAGGACACGCGGGUUACUCUGAGUACCAGUUCGCCACUUACAGCUCCCCUACUGAGGGAAAAUGUGACGUCACCCCUUUGUCUGGAAGAACACUGGAGACUACCUUUACUUUCACGUGCAGUGGCUGGGCAUAUCCAGAUCGUCCUUUGCAGUAUUCAUUCAUUUAUUUCAUCGAUGAUGUUUUUCCCAACGUUGUAUACAAAGGGAUGGAAAGAAGUAUUAAGACAACGCUUCCCGCUGGACAACAGAUAAAAAACUUUACAAUCGACUUUCGUGUACGAGUGGCUGACAUGUUCGGAGCCUUUACUGAAGUGAGGAUUCCUGUUCAGGUAUGGAACGAUUGCAUUCGAAUUCAGACAAUUUUCUAUGAGGCUGCAUUAUUUUGACAAAAGGAAAGUUUAAAACUUUUCAUUGCUUUAUGAUGAAAGGUGAGAAUCGUGCGUCGAUUUUACGAGCUGGUGUCUUGCAGUAGUGGUAGAUUUUUGAACAGUAAAUGUUGACCAAUGCUUAUUACCUCUUUGCGAAAUAUGUGGCCAACAUCUUAGUUGGGUAGGUAUGGUAGAGAAACACAUUUUUUGAUGCAUACAGUUAUGGUGGCCGCUGUAGACUGGCUCUAGCUCUGAAACGGUUGCAAUGCAGGCUUCACAUACGGACGUUAUGCGAUUCAGUAAUUUGCUGCCCGUCCUCUUAAAGAAGAAAAAGCCAAAUUCAUCAAAACGUGCAGCUUCUGCCCAUUCAUUUUGAAACAUUUGUUUAUUGAAAUGAUUCUCUUGAUUACUUUUCCUCUUAUCUAAUAUCAGGUGCUGCAGCUUCAGUUAAACGCAGAGAGGCUUGUGGACCGCGCUGCUCAGUUGACGACUGGAAACCAAAGUCAGUUGAAUAAAUUACUUCAGUCAGGAGACUUGUCACAGGCUGUUCAGCUGGCCAAAGCAGCCAUUGUGGCUGUUGACGUUGAUGAAAAAAUUCCUCAGAAUAAGCUCAAAGAAAAGAAGAAAGGGGUGAGUACUCGAUAAUGGUUUUCAUGAGCAGUUUCUUAAAAUCUGACGGAAAACUUGCUAAAUAUUUACAAAGAAUUGUAAAACAACUUAAUGUAAAUUUGGACUUCAAGUUCAAAAUAACAAAUAUUAAUUAUCCACAAGUUGACAAACUUGCACCGUAUGAGGACUGUGCAACAAUGGACACCGGAAAGGGUCUGAUUUUGGACUGAAAAAAACCUCUCUAAGCGAAUGAAAACUUGUCUCUGGGGUGAAAUGCUGAUCACGACAAGCCUUUCUAUCUAUAGGUAACAGUCAUUCGUAAACGUUAUUUUGUGCAGGUGAAAUCCAGUAUUGUAAAACAGUUGUCUGCUGUACAAGUGGAGACUGCGGAAAGAAUACAACAAAUAUCCAAGGUUAUAGCCGAGGCCGUCUCGGUUGUUGGCGAAGUUACCGCAGAAGCACAGGUAAAUUUUUUUUACGCAUCAAUUUUUUUCAUAAACAUUAAAUUUUUCUUAACAACUUUCAAAGCUCAAUUUCUGACCUGGAGACGGUGGAGUCCUCCUUGAAUGAUAGUUUGUGAAACCUUAAUAAACACCAAUGUGGUGAUGAACUUUCAGAGAGCAGCAGCAGAUGCCCUUCAGUCCAUGACUACAGUUUUGAAAGAAGAAUCCUCAGCAGGGAAAAGUUUCGAAGCGCUUUUGGACGGUGCAAGAAGUCUUGCUGCUGGUCUCGGUGGCAUGCUCAAGGUGUCUUCAUACUGGGCAAGAGAAUACGAGAUGAGGGACACCCACCAGGUGGAUUCGGCCAAUGUCCACCGCCGACGAAAAAGCCUUCAUUCUCUAGACCCUGCUGUCCAACAAAGAUCAAAGCAAGACGCUGCAGCUGAGCUGCUACAAGGGAGGAAUGAGGUAUAAUAGUGCGACGUUUACCUUGGGCGGAAUUGGUUGGCUUUACAUCUUUAGAAGCAGCGAGCUCCUGCUGGGUUACAAAAAAGCGAUUGUAGUCGUUAAUCAUUCUGUUGGGGAAGGGGGGAAUGAGGGAAUCUCAAAUUAAUGUGCUUUUUUCUUGCAAUCAGCUUAUGAGCAGCCCUAAUGAAACUUAAUCCACAGACCAGUUCAUUCAUAAAGAAAACCAAGUCAUUUUUAAAGUUACCUCGUAGGUUCAAUUACUUCAAUCACUCCCUGAAUUGUAUCAACAUUUUUGAUAUAAAUACUGAAAAUUAAAAUAAUUAGCGAUCGUAGUUUCAGUCAGCUGCCUUUAAGAUUUCUUACUGUACUUUAUAGUCAAGAGAACGAGCUCUGGGCCUUUUACAGUCGCUGGAUAAUGUUGGAAAAACCAUCUUGUUUCGAACCAUAGUCGGUGAGAAGCCAAGAGAGCUGUCAUCCCAGCCUGUGUCUCUGCUUAUUUUCCGAGAGGAGCCUCACUUGCUACCAGGAUCUGUUUUGUCCAACCAAGACUACAGUUUUGCGCUUCCUUCAGAUUCGAAUCUGUUCGGCAAUAGUACAUUGUUUGUGGAUAGCCAGGUAUUGAAAUAACGUCACCUGUUCUUUGACUAAUUUGCAACAUGUAGACAGUCAGUCUUUUUCUUUGCCCGCCUUAGUCUCAACAGGUUAUGGAUAUCAAGCAGAAAAUAGAUUUUGUAUUAAGAAUCGACGAAAAAGCCGCUUUUUAAUUAUUAACAUUAUGGUGCACAUAUUGCUUACCGGUAUGUUCUCAUGUCAGCAGAAGAUCAGAGUAACAGUGACAGCCUGUUAAGGCUUUCUUCCAGAAAAAAUUUUCAGUUAUUUUAUGAACCAAGGUGUCUGAGUUAGAAGUUUACUCUAUGUGGAAAAGGUAGAUUAGUGGGCCACAUUUCACAAUUCCGUUUUUACUUCAGAUGAUCACAGCAAGCUUUGUAUCUUACUCGUGGCACCCUUCAGCGGCGAGAUUGACAAGUGGAGUUUUCAGCCUUGAGUUUAAAAACAGCUAUGGGCAUCUCUCUAAUGUGACAGAACUGACAACGCCGAUGACUAUCAAAUUGCGCAAUAAUUACAAUUUAAUUAACACCUCUCGAUCAUACUCCGUUGGUACUCGUAAGACUGUGUUCCACAAGAUAAAUAUCACUCAUUUGGGGAUAACUCUGAUACUGAGGGUUCGUCCAGAAAAUAGCAAAACAGAAUUGUUUGUGACUCUUAAGUUUGGAAAACGACCCUCAGCUAAUAACAGCGAUAUGAACGUCACCGUCCCUAACUUCUCAACCUGCGCUCAGACGUCGUUUGGUUAUGUCAACUGCUCAACUGAUCCGUAUAAGGUACUCGUAGACAGUAAACUAAUAAAAAAGACAGGCAUUUACUUCAUUGGAUUACAAAUCAAGUCAAAGAGUCCUUCUAGGAAGAGGCGGUGCAUAGGACAAGGACGGUCAAAACGCGCAUGUGUGCCAUAUAAAGAAGUCCCUGCAGCAGACGAUACUAAAGCAGGACAGUCUCCACACAAUCGAAUCUUUAGGAAGGGCGAUGAAAAUUACACCAUACAAGUGAUGCCAGCUGCCUGUCUCUAUUGGAAUACCGCAAUGUCUAAAUGGACAUUUGAUGAAUGUAAGGUAAGUAAGCAUUGUUGUUCAGUGUCAAUGUUAUCUAACCAUUUGCUUUAUCAAAUGAAGUGCGAAACUAAGUUCAUACAGACAAUUUAGUGUUUUCUUAUUGACAAUGGUUUGCAUUAUGAAUAGGUGGCUGAAACAACAACUAUGGACAUGAUUCACUGCCACUGCCACCAUUUAACUGCAUUUGGAGGUGAAUUGUUCGUGGCACCAAACCCCAUCGAUUUUGACAAAGUAUUUGUUGAAUUAAAAUGCAUUCCAGAGACUGGAAAUGUAGCUGUAAUUAUAACAGUGAGCUGCGUGUUCGGACUUUACUUAAUACUUAUACUGUGGGUUCGGAAGGCCGACAGGAAAGAUGCUUUGAAGGUAGGUGUCAGUAUGUUUCUCAAGGAGUAGAUGAUGACCUUAUUCUACAUCCUUUAAAUGCGUUUAAAUUAAAAUCAUAAAGUCAUCAAACAACGUUCGCAUUGUCGUUCAUUUCAGAUUGGCGAUAAACUAUUUUUGGGAUCUUUAUCACCCUGGUGUUGUCGAUACGAGAUUGAAAUAUCCACAGGCAUUUGGUUUGAUUCUGGUACCAGUGCUAAGGUGUAUCUAGUACUUGAGGGCGAAAUGGAAUCCAGUCGACCUUAUCAUUUAAAGAGCAAUUCCUUCAUUCCAUUUGCAAGAGGUAGCUUAGUGUGUUUUACCCUCUCGGUUCCGAGUAAUGUUGGUACCUUACGGAGAGUGCGCGUGUGGCAUGACAACUCUGGUGAAAGCCCUUCUUGGUAUCUAAACACAAUCAAGAUUUAUGACGCGUUCAGUCAGGAGCUUAAGACUUUUACCUGUCACAAGUGGUUAGCUGUUGAGAAGGGUGACGGAUUAAUAGAUCGCACUCUUGCUGCUGAUUCAACUGCCGGGAAGCGAAAGAAUUUCUGGGAAUCUUGCCGGAAUACGGUGGCCGGAAAACUCGGUGAUGGGCAUCUGUGGUUUUCUGUCGCAACCAGAGCACCAAGUAGGCGCUUCACUCGCGUGCAGCGUUUGUCGUGCUGCCUGUCACUUCUGUUGACCACAAUGUUGGCCAGUGCCAUGUUUUAUCAGUUUGUUCCUGGGCACGUUCAGCAACAGCGCACAUUUAGGUUGGGCCCUCUGGUCCUAAAUUUGCGACAACUAAUUAUUGCAUUGGAGAGCAUUGUUGUAGUUUUGCCCGUAAAUUUGAUAAUAGUAGGAAUAUUCAGUCACGUGGCGACCAAUGUCGACACACCAGGGCAACUUCAAGAAAGAUACAAGGUUAGAGAAAGGUUUAGCAUCCACAAGGUCACUGAGAAACAUCGAUACCGAAGAGGCCUUCGCAUGACUCUACCGUAUUGCUUUGUUUACUUAGCCUGGUUUCUGUGUUUCAUCUCUUCAGCUGCAUCAGCAACUUUUAUUAUUCUAUAUAGUUUACAUUGGAGUAGAGAGACAAGCGAGGAAUGGCUUAUCUCCAUUGUUAUGUCCUUGUUUGUAGAAAUAUUUGUUUUAGAACCGGUAAAGAUCGUCGUCGUGGCUUUAUUUUUGUCGUUCUUUUGUCAGUCGGAUGCUGAUGAACUUGCUCAAACUCCCAGGACGGUCGUACAUUUUGAUGAAGUUACCUUUGCCGACGGCCAAAAGGAAGAUGAAAACGACGAAAAAAUUGCCUCACCAAAGCCCCUGAGCAAGAAAGAAUUGCACCGUGCGAGGAUCUAUCGAAUGCGAGAACUGCGUAUGUACAAGGCGAUACAGAAGAUAGUCUGCUAUUUUCUAUACCUUUUGAUACUGAUGAUCAUGUGUUAUGGAGGUCGGAGUCAGUACAGUUAUUCUCUGAAAUUUUCACUAGAGCAAAAAUUUGGAGAGGUGAAUGAGGUAUGUUCAAGCCUCCCUUCAUUUAUCUACUGUACUAUUGAGAGCAUGCUUGCAUUUUCAAUUUUAAGGCGAAAUGUGGUAAAAAUUGAAUCGCUGUCAACUUAUAGUAGGGACCUUAAGCAGUCAGGACGGCAACGCCAAGGAAAACUUCGAUUAAAAAAUGAAUUUCUGCCUUAUAUUAGAAUUUCAAAAAUGGCUGCAUUUGUUUACCGUCUCAUACGGUGCCACACCUCAACUUCAGCAUAACGUAUAAAAGAAGCGUUGAUUUCCGUCGCGGUUUCGGUUUCGUAGACGACGCAAAUUGUGGUGAUUUCACUUUAUUGCUUUGCAUAGGAAGGCUAAGAAACGUACAAAGUUUUGAAACGCACGUGCUGAGCUAUUGUUCUGCCAGUUAGAUCUUUUGUUUUUCCACGUCCUCGUUGCAGUCGCUGUCGUGGUUUGCUUAAGGUCCCUAGUAUCUUUGUGUUGACUACCAGGAAGGGAAUGAGUUCAUAAUAACUGUACACUGAACUGAUUGAUUUUCUUUGAAUUUCCAGUUAUGUAGAUUGUUUUUUUUUAACACUGCAUUGUUUCGUUAGAUCUUGACUCUCGAGAACAUGUGGCAGUGGCUUCAAGACGUUUUGUUACCCGGAAUUUACCAGGACGGUGAGGACUUGGCUUUUUCAAAUUUUACUACGUUCACUGGAGAAGGUGAUGUAGUCCUCGUUGGGAUGCCCCGCCUUAGACAGCUGAGAGUGAAGAAAGGUGCAAAUACAUAUAUGUGUAUUAUAUUUCAGCAGGAUGACUGGCAGUAAAAUGCUGUAAACCGUUAAAGAUUUACUUUUUGACUUUUACUUUCUUUUAGAUUCAUGUCAUGUCGUUAAGGAAGCGAAAUCUCUAUUCAACUCUUGCAUCGCGUCAUAUUCACUAGAAGCUGAAGAUAAAACGGAUUUAUAUCGGCCAGGAUGGCUUCCACUUUUAUCGUCACUGAAUUCAUCAACUGAAACAUUGAACAAGGUCUGCCCCAAGCCUUGGCGUUAUUCCACAGCAGAGCAAACCAAAAGCUUUCCCUUUUGGGGAAGACUUUAUCCUCUUUAUAGUCAGGGUGGUUACCUAGCAGAGCUAGGCUACGACAGAAAGUCUGCCACGAAAGUCAUUUCUGAGCUGAACAUGUUAAACUGGUUUGACAAGUACACUAGUACUGUAUUGAUUGAAUUUGUAAUUUUCAACCCUCAUGUUAGUCUGUUUAGUGCAGUUUGGAUACCGGUGGAGUUCUCACCAUCUGGCUAUGUGGCUUCUGGUCACAUGAUUCACCCUCUUCACAUGUACAACAUUGGAGCUGGCUACAGUGUCGCUCAUCUUGUUUGUCAGAUAUUGUUCAUGUUGUUUAUUGUUUACUUCGUCUUCAAAGAGACCAAAGAGAUGAUUCAACAACCAAACCACUACUUCCGUCGAUUUCUGAAUUGGAUUGAACUGGCUCAGAUCUUUACAGCAAUUUCCUUUGCAGUCGUUCAUAUCUUUAAAGAGGUAGAACUCUCUGUUCACUCGACUAAACUUCAUGAAAAUGUCUUCCAGUUUAUAAGCUUUGACAGAAUCGUUUUACUCGAUGAUAUGGAGACAGCAUUUUUGGCUUUAUUAAUGUUUUUCAACACUUUGAAGUUGCUGUAUUUGCUCAGAUUUAAUACUCAUGUUAAACGUUUGUCUGAUGUCACGAAGGCGUGUUUCCUGGAACUCGUAAACUGCUCAAUAGGAUUCUACGUCUUCAUGUUCGCCUUUACUCAUUUUGGAUUCAUUCAAUUUGGAAGAGAGGUGGAGGAGUAUUCCUCGCUCUCUAGCGCUUUCCGGUCCCUUCUCAUCCAGGGAGUCUUAAGCGACGGGGCUGAAUAUCUCCAAGAUGGUCAUGAUGUCAUCGGUCCUACUUUCUUCAUAGUUUUCAACAUCUGUCUGCAAGUGAUAUGGGUUAACAUCUUCAUUUCCAUUCUUAUUUAUAAUUACCGAACCGUUACGCAGUUCUCUAGAGGAAGAUUAAGCUUUGAGAAAUUUAUGAUAAGGAAAAUCAAGGAGAUCCUGCAUUGCAUAGGAGACGGGAAACCACCUCAUAACGGACCGGGCAACAACAGGAAGAAAAGGGUGCACUGGGAAAACGAAAAUGAUUCUGUUGAAUUGGGUAACAACAACGACGACAUCGGUGGGAGCGAAAGAGCCAAUGGCAAGACCCGGGGUCCUCCUUUAAAGGAGUUAGACAAGUGCGUCACCCUGAUGAGUCUAAAGUUCAAUGACCUCUACAUUGACGAGUUUAUUGAAGACAUUGAGGACAUCGAAUUAUUAAACCGGUGGGCGGACGCUCGUGCGAGUAGAAGGAAUGUGUCUGAGAAUAGGAGGGCUGGUACCCCAUCGGACGAAGCUGUACAAGCAUUGGAGACCCACAGAAUGAAUAAACACGUGAAAAGAGGGUGA